UGUUGGACGCGGGGAUUUAAUGAUGGCCGCUCGCAAGCAUCUCCGAAAACACGUGUGAUAAAACAUCAAUUAAUUCGUAUGUAAUAAUUUAUAUAUGACACAUGAAGCGUAGUUUGAAAUACAUAUUAAAAAACAAUAUGCCAGCAUGUUUUCAUCAGUAACAAUGCUUCAGCGAGCUGUGUUCGGUAAAACACCGCACAAUUUAUCUCGUUUAUUAUCUUUAAGCCGGGUAAGGAAAUUUUCCGAAUCCGUUUCCUCGAAAGAGAUUGACAAUGACAGCUUGUCAAAUACGGAAGAAUCGCAAAAUAAGUCUCCCACGAGCGACAUUGAGACUCCUACGGGUGAGGAAAAUGUUGCUCGUCUUGUAAAGGAAGCUGCUACUUACAGCGAUGCCAAGGACACGAGUUGGGCGACGAGUCCUUAUCCCGCCAACGUUCCGACCUCCGUCGAGGAGGUGGCGAAACCGAAGCUCGAACCGCUGGAGACCAGCAUUGUGCUCUUUCCAGGACAGGGCACCCUUAAAGUCGGCGAGGUGCAAAAGUACUUACGUUUCCCGCAGGCGAGAGAGUUGUUCGAAAUAGCCAACGAGGUUCUGGACUAUAAUCUACUGAAGUUGUGUCUGAACGGUCCCCAGGAGAAGCUGAAUCAGACCCGCUUCAAUCAACCAGCCACAGUGUUGACUUCGUUGGCUGCGUUGGAGCGGCUUCGCGAGGAGAGACCCAGAGUGUUUGAGACUUGCAUAGCCACCGCAGGUUACAGCUUGGGGGAACUGACUGCUCUGAUUUUCUCAGGAGCUAUAAGCUUUGAAGAUGGCGUUAGACUGGUCUCUGUCAGGGGCAACGCUAUGCAGUACGCAUCUGAAAAAUCACCGCAAGGAAUGUUGUCAGUCUAUUGCUCGCCAGAAGCUAAAUUAACGGAGGCAUGCAAGGAUGCUAAGCAGUGGGCAAUGGAUAAUGGUGUAGAGGAUCCAGUUUGCCAGGUGGCAAUAUAUGUGUAUACACAAACAAAGAUAUUGGCUGGAAAUGCUCAGGCUCUCGAAUAUAUAAAAAAAAAUGCAGAAAAAUAUAAACUUUUGAAGUUAACAAGACUACCUGUAUCAGGAGCAUUUCACACAAAACUGAUGGAACCUGCACUCAAGUCUUUCAGCAAAGUGCUUUACACAAUGGAAAUAAAUAGACCUAGGUGUCAAGUUUAUUCAAAUUACAAUGCGCAUCCUUAUAGCGAUCCAAAAAUGAUUAGGAAAUUUUUAAUGAAACAAAUUGUAUCGCCUGUGAAAUGGGAACAAUGUAUACAAUCGUUGUAUAACAGAUCCCCAGGAUCAGCAUUUCCACGAACAUUUGACGUAGGAUCAGGAGGAAGAAUGGGAACGAUCUUGAAGCUAAUUAAUGCAAAGGCGCACAGUCAUUGCAUAUCUGUUUAAAUUAAUUUCUAACUGUAAGCAUAAGAAACAAUCAAUAUACAUUAUUAUUGUGUACAUAGUUAACAAACUUUUGUUAUAGCUUCGUUUCAAUUGUGCCUCUUACAUGCAAGAAAUAAAGGAGUGAUCAGAAUUUUAUACAGA